AUGCAAUUCUCAGUCCUUCACAUUUUCACCCUUCUCGCCUUGAGCACCUCGGUCCUCGGCGUCCCCACCAGUCAGCACGGGAACAGCGUAGCGCAGGCCGGCAGCGGCAAUGCACAACCCAUCGCCGGCGCAGGGGCUUCAGCUCCCAGCCCACACGAUUCCGGCGAGGCCUGCGUCCCCUGCAAGGAGGGGGACAAGGCCGAGGGCGGAGCGGGCGGCCCCAACAAGCUCAGCACCUGGAGAAAGAUUCGCAACAAUUCUCGCUAUCACGUCCUCGACAAGGUCUUCUUCAUGAGGUACAACACGGACAAGCCCAAGGACAAGGCUUACUGGGAUUGGAGGGAGGACAAGGUCAAGGGCAAGUCCUGGGACGGUGUUGCCAUGCGCAACCAUCCGGUUUACACCACGCACGGGCAGACGUUUCUGUGCUGCGGAGGAGGCAUUUCAAUGGUUGGCGGGGCGCCUGUUGAAAAAGGCACCUAG